UUUUAUUUUUAAGCAUAUUUUAUUUUACGUCAUUUUUCCAGUAACUUCGUUAGCAUGUGUUGAUGUUUACAUCUAAAGGAAAACUUUAUUUUAGGGUUUUAAUGAUUUUUUUAUGAAUAAUGACAUCAGAGAAGAGACCUGGAAGUGAGGACACACCCGGCGAUGCUGAGGAAUCGGAAAAUUGGAUUGGUCCAAUGCCAUCUGAGGCAACAAAACCUAAGCCGAAGAAACGAAAAGUGUUAGAAUUUGAAUCAUUGUACAUAGAGAAUCUCCCGUCAUCAGAAACUUAUGAACAUAGUUACAUGCACAGAGAUGUGGUCACUCAUGUGGUUGUAACCAAAACUGACUUCAUUAUCACUGUUAGUCAAGAUGGCCACCUCAAGUUUUGGAAGAAACAGGACGAAGGCAUAGAGUUUGUGAAACACUUCCGGUGUCACCUAGCGCCGAUCGCGGACGUGGCCGCCAACAGUACGGGGUCGUUGCUCUGCACAAUAUCAUCCGAGAAAACCGUCAAAGUUUUCGACGUCGUUAAUUUUGACAUGAUCAACAUGAUGACGAUAGAGUUUGAGCCCUACCGAGUGGAGUGGGUGCACUCCGCUGGAGACCCAAUAUCUGCAUUAGCCAUAUCCGACAAAAACUCGAACAAGAUCCACAUAUUCGACGGCACGCAGGCCCUGGGCACACCGCUGCACACAUUCGAGACGCUGCACCAGAAGCCCGUGGUCACCAUGAAGUACAACCCGGUGUUCGAGGCGGCAGUGUCGGUGGACAAGGCGGGCAUAGUCGAGUACUGGACGGGCCCGAAGCACGAGUACUGCUUCCCGAAGAACGUCAGGUUCGAAUCCAAGUUGGACACGGACUUGUUCGAUUUCGUGAAGAAUAAAACUUAUCCGACAGGGCUAGCGUUUUCGCCGGAUGGUAAGAAGAUGGCGUCUAUCAGUUUGGACAGAAAGGUCCGUGUGUUCCACUUCGCCACUGGUAAACUACACAAGGUGCUGGACGAGAGCCUGCAGCGGUUCCAGGAGUUGCAGCAUCAGACGCAGCAGCUACCCAACAUGGAGUUCGGCAGGAGGAUGGCGGCAGAGCGCGACCUGGAGAAGUCGGACUCCGUGCACCUCGCCAACGUGUUGUUCGACGCGAGCGGACACUUCGUGGUGUACGCCACCAUGCUGGGCGUGAAGAUCGUCAACCUCACCACCAACCGCUGCGUCGCCAUGCUCGGCAAGCCGGAGAAUUUGAGACCGCUACAUCUCGCACUCUUCCAGGGCCGCCCUAACCAGCCCAAAGUGGCCACCACACUCGAGAUGGAAGGCUCAGAGAACCCAACAUUGUUAAACAUCAAGAUCGACCCGACGCUCCUCUGCACCGCGUACAAGAAGAACCGCUUCUAUUUGUUCACGCAGCGAAGUCCCGACGACAUCAAGAGCCCUGAUGCUGAUCGAGAUAUAUUUAACGAGAAGCCUUCGAAGGAGGAUAUUAUAUCCGCUACGGAGGGGCAAGGUGUGCAGCGCAUAUACGAGCAGGCGAUAAUCCACACGUCGGUGGGCGACGUCCAUGUCCGUCUGUUCGGCAAGGACGUGCCACGUAGUGCAGAGAACUUCAGCGUGCACGCGCGCAACGGAUACUACAAUGGACACAUUUUCCACCGCGUCAUCAAGGGAUUCAUGGUGCAGACUGGCGAUCCUACUGGCACGGGCACGGGCGGGGAGAGUAUCUGGGGCGGCGAGUUCGCGGACGAGUUCCGCCCGCAGCUGAAGCACGACCGGCCCUACACGCUGAGCAUGGCCAACGCCGGCCCCAACACCAACGGCAGCCAGUUCUUCAUCACGCUCGCGCCCACCCCAUGGUUAGACAACAAGCACACGGUAUUCGGUCGCGUGGUGCGAGGGAUGGAAGUCGUUCAGAACAUCGGCAGUGUGAAGACCAAUCCUAAAACAGACAAACCUUAUGAAGACAUUAGGAUCAUAUCCAUCACUGUGAAAUAACAUUCGAAGAUAAAUGUAAAUAAUUUAUUAUGUAAUAAAAUUUAUAGUAUAAUAACA